AAGCACACCAAGAAAUCUUUACUAUGAGCGAAAUAGCUGCUAGUGAGAGCCAGGAAUCACCGCCGACUGGUUCUACUGCGGCUCCUGAGACCGAGGAAGGCACUGAUAGCAGUCUGCUAGAGUUGACUGCGGGGUUGGAAAGGGGAGAAAAGGCGGAAAAGCUUCCCCCAGACACCAUUCCUCCCUGUUCCCCCCAAUCCGGCCUAUCCGUCCUGGCACACAAGAUAUGGAUUGGCAACCUCGACAAGAGACUGUCCCAGGAAAACAUAUUGAAGUUUGUAAGACGCUACGGGACUCCCGUGUCGUUUCGGUUCAACUUCAGGGCUGGGACGGAUGUGAUGGAACCGAGAGGUUACUGUUUCGUGGAAUACUCUACUCGAGAGGAGGCAGAGAAGGCCAAGGCGGCACUAGAUGGCAAGAAAGCUCUCGGGAAGAAAAUCGUCGUUGACUGGGCUCGUAUUGAUCCGGCCACUAAAAAGAAUGAGGACUCUGCGUCUGAGACAUGGGAUCCAAGUGUUGUUUCUGAGACCCUUGAAAAGGGAGUCAGUACAUCAGCCAAGAUAGCGGCUCUCGAGGCUAAACUGAAAGCAAUGGAAGAAGGAAGGCACUACAGUUCACGGAGGAUGCGUCGCAUCAGACGUAACCUCAACUUCACCCACGGCCAUCGACACAGGUUCCAGAAGAAAGUCCUCACGGUUGAGAAAGUCACUGAGCUCAGGUAUCUCUAUUUGCCACUGGUGUGUGCUGAGAGAUCAUGGGCAAUGGCCAUGGAAUUGAAACAGGAGAUAAACUCGGACCCUCGGAAGAGGUUUCACAUGCUCCGUAGGCUGAAAAAGGCGGCAAAACAUGCGGAGCACCUGCUUCGGUUGUCUGAGGCCUGCGAGAGAUGUGACGCCAGGACAAGGCUUGAAGCACAGGCCUACAAGUUCUGGAUGAGUGCCAACGUGAAAUUUGAGCAGCAAAAGUGGCAGCAAUCGCUAGAAGAGUUUGGACAGUGCCAGACUAUCUAUGAGAAGCUGGGUGGAGCUGUCCCGGAUGACCAGAAGGCGGUGUAUGCUCAGCGUGUGGAGGAGAUGGUUCCAAACAUCCGCUACUGUGCCUACAACAUAGGAGAUUCCACUGACGUAGCAGAGCUGGUCAAACUGAGGCCAGAUGCUCCAGGGCUGGCAUCUAAAAUUGAUGAUGUCCUGUCGAAGACGCAAGAGAAAGCAGCUUCCUCACUCAGCGAGGUGAUGUGGCGAGAACAGCGUCUGCCUGUCCGCAACGAAAGGCUGAGGGUGGGCCUCAUAAAGCUGCAGCAGCUGGAGGGGGAACUGCGGGGACGCAGGACGGCUGAGGGGGACGAGGGAAAGAUGGAGAUGUAUGAGCAACUACUGAUGGAAUGUCAGGACGCUAUGCAGAUUGUUAGAGAGGACAUUGCUGCAGAAACGAGCCUGUCUGAGAAUAAGAAGCGGUCUCAGAAGGCUGAGGUCCACAUGGAUACACUGAGGCAGCUAAUGGACUACCUCACCCACUUCAAGCUGACUGUGGCCAUCGAUCGAAACCUCCACCUCUUCCAGACCAUGAAGAACCCAAAACCAGGGGCCAGGAAUGCCAAACCCGAAGAAUUUGUCCGAGUCUUUGAUAUACUUCUACAACAUGUUACAGAUUUAGGUGACAUACUGGGGGCAGAAGAUCUCACCAGUCAGAAAUACAUCGCUGCCCUGACGCUCGCUUUCAAGUCGUUUCGCUGUUAUUAUCUCUCGGAGUCGUAUGUGGUUAUGAGGAAGUGGGCAGAGGCAGUGGGGCUGCUGGACCGGGCUCUGGAGCACGUGACGCAGUCUCUGGAACAGUAUAGGUCACUGGAGCAAGGGGCGGUCUCUGUGAAUGUGAAGGUUGACCAAGAGAAAUUCAGCACGGUUCACCUGCAGCAGUUGAGAGAGACAAUCAAGGGACGAAAGUGCGAGGUCCACGUUAGUAGUGUUUUAGAAGCGGAUGAGGUUGAAGAGAAAAUGUCUCAACUGAGCUUGUCAACAAAACCACUCUCAGAAUGUAUGGAUGAAUUUGCCCCGGUACCACCCACACAAAAGGUCACACUGGCUCCCAUGCCGCCUGACUACCAGGCUCUCCCGUGCAAGCCUCUCUUCUUUGACCUGGCGUUGAAUCACGUCACGUUUCCCUCUCUUGCCCACCGGGCUGAGAAUAAGCCGGGUGGAAUCACUGGUCUUGUGAAGGGGUGGAUUUGGGGGAGCAAGUCCUAGGGGGAGUAUGACUUUUCAGGUCUCACUGCAUAUUUUGGUGUGAUAAGUUGGAAUCAUGAUUUAGAGUGUGCGGGUUUGGCGGCCAGCACCAGAAG